GAGAACGUAGAUUUGAAGCAAUGCCGCAAUGUCAACGAAUUAUCAGCAGAGCAUGCCGCUGCUGGAGACAUCAUGAAACUGCCCUUCUCAAAUGACGCUGCCGUUUUGGACUGUCUCCGCAAUCGCUACCAAGGACGGGACAUCUACUCAUUCGUGAAGCCGAUGGUAGUAAUUCUGAAUCCGUACCAGGAUCUGAAGAACACGGGCGCGGAGUUCAUUCGGAAAUACCGCUUUUUGUCAUCCCCAACGGCACCAGAUCCGGAGGUGCCGCCACACGUUUUUUCGCUAUGCCGCACAGCGUGGCAAGCACAACGCGAACAAGCGUGCAACAUCAGUUUUGUGAUCUCAGGCGAGUCAGGAGCAGGAAAAACAGAAACGACGAAGCACAUCAUGAAGUACUUUGCAACAGAGACGACUUUUGAGACGGGUAAUGGCGCUGAUGUCGAAGAACAAGAGGAGGAAGAACAAGAGGAGGAUGAGGAUGAACCUCCUGUCGAAAGACCUCCAGAGAAGGAUGAAGAACAAGAUAAUAGUGCAACUGUAGUACCUGUCGUCUUAGAAGGAGGUUCUGCAGUACAACCAGAAGUACAACCAGGUCGUGGAGGAAGUAAAGCUGCUCCUCGAGGUAGCCGUUUGUCGUUUAUUGCGCCACAAGACCUCAUGAGAGACGACGUGGAAGUAGCGGAAGAGGACUGCUCGGAAGACGACUGCUCUCCGGUUACAUCAUCCGCUACUGCCGGAGAGGCGGCCUCUACAAAGAAGCGGCCUGUACGAAAACGAGGAAACCUAGCCGGCGACAUCAUCACAGCUGCGGCUGGAGGCAAACCAACAAGAGCAGCACGAGGGAAGAAAGCUGUCAAUUUGCGUUUCAGGCCUUUCGAUGAAGAAGCGGGAAUUGAUGAUGAAAAUGAAGAGAAUGGUGCCAAUAGUAAAGGUCGUGAAGUUGAUGUUCCUGCACCAGAUUCCGGCAAACGAGACGAGCCGCCCCCACAAGAUGCUGGAAGUACGGAGGAUACAAGUGCAGGUAGCACCAAGACCAAACCCUCGGCCGAAGACGAAGCCAAGAUUAAGGCUCAGCUUUCAAUGGUCAUUGGGGUUGGUCACUGAGAUCGAAGAGGCGACCCCUUGAGACAACAGGGGAAAACGAAGGGAAAGAAGGGGGUCUCUUCCGUUCAGCAUCAGUCACCAUUGAGUGCUGAGCUUUAACAAGAAGAUGAAUAAAGCGCGCGCGCAACAAACAUCUUGCUCAGUGGUGCAGGAUGCUAUCAUGAGGGCUAAUCCUCUAUUAGAAGCAUUUGGAAACGCAAAGACGGAGAGGAAUGACAACAGUUCGAGAUUUGGAAGGUAGAAAUCUUAAUCUUUUUCUUUGUCUGAAUUAGAAUUUCCUCUAUCAUAAUCAUGUAUCUAUGGAGAUUGAAGGCAUCUACUAUUCGUGUCUUUUAGAUGAAUGUACAGCUGGUUCUUACUAGAGACACGAAAUAACUGCUUCUGUACCCCGAUUUUCACUUGUACCGAGCCAUCUUCAUGCAGGUUCGUCGAACUCUACAUCGGGCAAGAGCAAGGCGGCAUCCGUGCUGGCUUUGUGCAGUGCUAUCUCCUGGAAAAAUCUCGCGUAGUCUCUGCCAGUUCUUCCGAACGCUGUUAUCACAUUUUCUACCAACUUCUCGCUGGCUUGAGUCCUGAGGACAAGGCUUUGUGCCAAGUUUUGGAUGGCCCUGAGCAAUACGAUACCUUACGGAAAACGGCAAUCAAAGUGGCCAACGUAGACGACAGAGCAACGUUCCAGGAAGAAGUCGUGCCAGCUUUUUAUGCUAUCGGGUUUGAAGAAGAGGAGUUGCCUCUUUUGUGGCGUAUCAUUAGUGCAGUAAUGCGGUCGGGUAAUGUCCGGUUCGAAGAUGGAAAGGAUGACGGCGAAACUCCGCCAAUAUGCAAAAAUGAAGCGGAUUUGGACGCCAUUUGUGCGCUGUUGGGGAUUGAUCGGGUAGUACAACCUACUAUAGUAAUAGUAUACUCUAAAAACGUUGCAGCUUCACAACUUCUUCAAUCUAAGUACUGUUGUCGACAAGUUGUACGUAGUGUUCUAGUGCUAGUAGUGUCACUUAAAUUACCAUUCUACCACCAUCUCCACACACAGUCUCUGGCUGGAAAAGCGAUUUCCUUGAAGAUGCGAAAGAUGCCGACUGGCUCGGUAACCUACACCCCUCGCAGUGGCGAGAGCGCGCGAGACAUGAUGCUCUCCGUUGCGCGCAGUGUCUUCGAACAGCUGUUCAUAUUUCUUUAUGCAUUCAUAGGUGGUGAGGCAUGUGUAGUUUCACGACUAGAUGCAUGUACUUAGCUUGAACUUGAUCACUAGCUGCUGCAAGUGUUUCACGACUAGAUGCAUGUAGCUUGAAGAACGUCUACUCCUACCUUGUCACUAAGCAUCUCCUUCUCCUUCACCCAAUCCCUUGUCUAAGCCCAAGUGAAAAAACUCAAUGAGAAGAUCAAGCCUGAUGCGGCCACAGUCGAAUCCCAGCAAUGGGUUGGGUUAUUGGACAUUUUCGGUUUUGAGUAUUUCGAGGAAAACUCAUUGGAGCAAUUCUUCAUCAAUUUUGCGAACGAGCGACUGCAGCAGUUUUUCCUACAAGUGGUUUUUGAAUCCGAGAUGGCGCUUUUGAAAGGGUUAUGAUCCGAUUGAGUUGUAGUACAGUUCCCCUUGUUCCGAAGUAGUUCUCCACAUGAAGAUUACUCACAAUUUCUGGGCUUGGUCGUUGUAGCUUCCCUCGUCCUGCCCCUUCUUACUUCCUACUUUCUUCCUUCGUUCUUCCUUCUUACUUCUUGCUUCCUUCUACUUACUUCUUUCUCUCUCCGCCCAAUCUUUCCUUUGUUCAUUUCCCGAGGGUCUCGACGUCCGCGACAUGACCUACAGCGACAACCAAGACGUCUUGACGCUGAUUGACAAUGGGAAGCCUCCUGGAAUCCUGCAGUUUCUAGAAGAGCAGUGUCUGCUCUCUAAAGGCACGGAUGAGGGCUUCACUAACCGCGUUAACAAAACCUUCGGAGAUCACGCGAGACUGAUAAAGCCUAAAUUCGAGUCCAAAGAGCGUGAAUGUUUCCUCAUCGUCCACGGCUCAGCAGUGGUCACGUAUUCAACCAAGGGGUUCCGAUCAAAGAACAUGGAUCGACUUGACGGCAGUUUAGUGGCACUAUUGAAGAGCAGUGAGAACAAGCUGGUAGUCAAAGUAUUCGACGAUGUACAAGGAGGAGGAGAAGCGAGCUCGAAGAUGAAGGGAAGCUUGAUUGGAUCGCAAUUUUCUAGGUCCAUGGAGGAUUUGAUGAACAAGUUGAAGCAAGCCCGUGGACAUUUUGUUCGAUGCAUUAAGCCGAAUAGUAUGGCGGGCAUGAUGAAACUUCUAAGUAUAGAUGCGUGGAGGUGGUGGUUGUGAGAUUCCGUAGCAAGGUACUCAAACUUAACAAAAGAAGUUCUAACGAGAAUGAGAAAGUACGAAUCAGGCUUAUUGAGUUAGAUCAUUUUUACAGAUGCGACUUAGUAUACGCCCUAUAGAUAGUCGUUGAGAAUCCCUCUAACCCCCGACUGAAGAAACCCGGUCUCUUCGAGGCGAAAAUGGUCUUGCAGCAACUCCAGAGCCUGUCAAUUUUAGAAGCCGUCGAGUUGCGCCGCAAAGGCUAUGCCUAUCGAACGACUUUUCGGGAUUUCGUUUCCGAAAAAGAGUAUUUUCCAUUACUUUUGCUAUCAUCAAGC